AUGACACCAGCAGGUGACAAGGAGAAACGACCGAUUCAAGAGGAUGCACAACAAGAGGAUGACUCGAAAAGCCCACAACUGCCUAACAACACUGGCAGCAUCUUUCCGCCACAACCCCAACACAGUCCUUCAUUGUGUACAGGCCGUAAUUUCAAGUACUACAAGGACGACCAGUUAUCAUCCUUGACUUUUACGGAUCGGAACGAGGGGAUACUGACUCAAGCCAAGAGCAAGUUUGCAGAGUAUGCCGAUCAAUUCAAAAAGACAUUUGUCGAGUUCAAGCAAGCCAAUGUGGAUCAUGUGCACACGCUGACCAAAGAGGAUAGCAAUGGAAGGAGGCAUCAGCAGCAAUUUGAUACAGUCGUGGAUACAUUUGGUUUAUGCUCUUGCAAUGAUCCUGAGCAAGCAUUGAUUUCACUGGCGGAUGCUUGUAAGCCCUCUGAAAAAUCACGCAUCUUACUCUUAGAACAUGGUCGUUCCCAUUAUGAGUGGCUCAACCGUAUCCUGGAUACCAAUGUCGAUAAGCACGUGCGCCGCUGGGGCUGUUGGUGGAAUCGAGAUCUGAUGGAAUUAUUCGAGCGUGAGAAGGUCAAGGAGAAGCUUGAGAUUGUCAAAGUAUAUAGGUGGCAUUUAGGCACAACAUGUUAUAUUGUAGCAAAACCCAAGUCAUCAUCAUCAUCAUCAUCCUAA